UCAUCAAACAGAGCCGACAACAGAUCGGCGUAGCGUACGUGUACCCGACGAGAGCCGACGACACCAACACACUUAAAAUGUUUGACGAAAUUUAUUGAUCGUCGCCAGGGCACUUAAGGUUCUGUUAUUAUCGGCCCUGUCGUAGAAUCCGACUUGGAAUUGGUUUUUGCCGGAAAUGAAAACCGAUAUCGGUUUCAUUUGGUGUCGCGAAAUUCUAUCGGAAUAAGCUUUUUUCGAACAUGAGCAAAACCGAUAUUCGAAUCAGCUGUUCCAUUGAUGUGUUAAAUUAAAUUUACGCUUAUUUGUAAACAAUAGAGCAUUUUUAUAAUAUUUGAACUGUUUUGUGAAAAUUCAAAGAAAAUAACUGAAAUAUAUUAUGGCAGAUGCAAUUGCCAUAUUACUUAUGAUGGAAGAGGAGCAGUAACACAGUUUAAAGCGGCGAAUAUUACGAGAUAAGAGCAACCCUCUCGAGCUGCCGGAGUCAACGUAUACAAAACUUUACUUCAAUGGCUAUGUGUUUAUAACUCACUUAUUUGCAGAUUUAUUGCUCAAUAUCGCUUAAACAAAGAAGCUUUUGUUAUGGUAUUGGACAAAAUUCAGCCACACUUACGUUCAUCGACGAUUCCCGCAGUGCUUCAACUUGCUGCAACGCUUCGUUUUGUGGCCGAAGGCCCAUAUCAGCGAUCAGUGGGAAAUGAUGCAAACAUAAGUAUGGCAAGAAGCACUAUAUCAGAAGUGCUAACACGAGUGAUAAAAACAUUAGAACAUUCUAUAUGUCAUCAAUGGAUACAACUUGCAAUGGGAGCCAGUGAAAAACAACACUCCAAAGACUAUUUUUAUAACAAAUAUAGAAUUCCUGGCAUCAUUGUCUGCAUCGAUGGAACACAUAUUAAAGUUUUAAAGCCUUCCACUGAUGAACACCUCUACUUUAAUAGAAAAGGAUUCUUCAGUAUGAACGCUAUGAUUGUUUGCGACAGUAAUAUGACGAUUCGUGCAGUAGAUGUAAGGUAUCCUGGAUCCAGUCACGAUGCGUUUGUUUGGAGCAUAAGCACCGUUCGACAGCACUUUCUUAGGGAGUACGAAAUUGGCGAACGAACUUCCAGGUUACUAGGAGACAGUGGAUAUGGUAUUGAACCGUUCUUGUUAACUCCAUACAGAGAUCCUGAGUACGGCUCCCUGCAAAAUACUUUUAACAGGGCUCAUUCUUCGGCACGCAAUGUGAUUGAAAGAACGAUAGGCCUUUUAAAAAGUCGCUUUCGAUGCUUACAAGGUGCAUUGCAAUAUAACCCACAAAAGGUGGUUAAAAUUGUCAAUGUUUGUUGCGCACUGCACAACAUCUGUCGGUGCUAUAACAUUGAAUGCCCCAAUAUAGAAACUAUCACCGUUUCUACAGAAGUUUACGAUGAAAAUUCUGAAAUUUUAUCACAUGGUAGAACGCAAAAUGAGGGCCAACGGAUCCGAAACGAAAUAGCAAACGCUCCUUAA